CACAGGCAGAAAGUCAAGUGAAGAGAAACUUCUUCAGAUAUGAGCUGUAUUCUCCAAACAGCUUUUUAGUCACUUUCCCAAAAAUUUAUUUUACUGUUUCUUCUUAAGUAAUUAAGCUUUUUUCUUUUUUUUUUUUUUUUAAGAUAACUUUGAUAAUGAAACUGAGUGUGGGGAUAUUUUUUGGAGGUUUCUUUGCGGCUCUGGGGGUUUUGCUUUUUUUGGUAGCAUUUGGAACUGAUUAUUGGCUUCUUGCUACAGAAGUAGGAAGGUGUUCAAAAGCACCUGAAGAUACUGUGGGAGAGAAGGCCACUUUCCAUCAUGAAGGUUUCUUCUGGAGAUGCUGGUUUAGUGGAAAUGUAAGAGAGAAUAACGCCAGCAUGUGGAAUUUCUGGUAUACUAAUCAGUCACCUUCGAAGAAUUGUACACAUGCUUACCUGUCACCAUUUCCUCUUAUCCGAGAUGAACACAACUCAACCUCCUAUGACUCUGCAAUCA